AUGCAAGAGACUCGUCUUUUGAAGGCUGCCGUGAACGAGGACAUGACGUCUUUCCAGUCACGGGUUCGUCAUUUGCCUCCUGAUUGGGAGCCUAAUCCUUCGAACAUCUCAGCUGAGAGAGGUGGGACAGACGAGAUGCAAAUGUUUUCAGCUGCCAUAAAUGAAUCAUCUGUGGGUCAAGUAUAUUCGCAGCGUAAAGAUGUCAACGUGACUUAG